GCGCCGCUCCGCGCCCGCUCCGCCGCCUCCGCGCCAUGGCCAGCACCGUCUCAGCCUACAAGGAGAAAAUGAAGGAGCUGUCUCUGCUCUCUCUCAUCUGCUCCUGUUUCCACACCCAGCCUCAUCCCAAUACCAUCUACCAGUAUGGAGAUAUGGAGGUGAAGCAGCUGGAUAAGAGGGCAUCGGGCCAGAGCUUUGAAGUGAUCCUGAAGUCCCCUUCGGAUUUAUCCCCCGAGAGCCCAAUCCUCUCCUCUCCCCCCAAGAAGAAGGAUCUGUCCCUGGAGGAGCUGCAGAGGAGGCUGGAGGCUGCCGAGGAGAGGAGGAAGACCCAGGAAGCGCAGGUGCUGAAGCAGCUGGCGGAGAAGCGGGAGCACGAGCGGGAGGUGCUGCACAAGGCCCUGGAGGAGAACAACAACUUCAGCCGGCUGGCCGAGGAGAAGCUCAACUACAAGAUGGAGCUGAGCAGGGAGAUCCGCGAGGCGCACCUGGCCGCCUUGAGAGAGCGGCUCCGCGAGAAGGAGCUGCAUGCGGCCGAGGUUCGCAGGAACAAGGAACAGCGGGAGGAGAUCUCCGGAUAAAGGGCUUUUCUACACCUCUGGCACCUGGUUCCUGUUAACAAACCGACCCACCCACACMUUUUCUUUUGUUUGUCUAGAUGCAGCAUUCGGGUCUCCAUCCUUUCCCUGCCCCGGUGUUAGUGCCCCAGCCACACGCUUCUCUAUCUCCGCAUCCUUAAUCGUUCAGUACUCGUGGGGAUUCACAGAUCAUAGGGACCUCUAAGCAGAAUAGCAACUAGUUCACAUGAAAUAUAGGAUCAAUGAAUCAGGCAAUCAAACAGCUUCUUUGGGGGGGGAGUUGUCCUUUUUUUAAAAGAUAUUUCUUAAACUGAUGUAAAGAAUUAAGUUAUUAAUAAAUUCAACCAGCAGUGUCACGGAGAUACGGAUUUCUUAUCCGGGGCUUUUACUACUCUUGGUGUUUGCUCUGAGCCAAAUAUCAGUUUGAGAACAAUGGCAAGUGCUGAUUUCUUUAUGUGAAGUGGUGUAACUAAUAGAUUCUUUAUUUCCCAGUAGUAGGAGACGGGAAUAAGAGAGGGAUGGGAUGGCUCAGGGAGCUACGGCGCGCAGACCUUUCCACCUCCUGGUUAUUACCUGAAGCCAGCCCAGGUAGGCAGUGACCAAAAGUCGUUAUCUGUGGAUGAUUCUUUGAUAGCGCAAAUGCAAAUAGCUCGGGGUCUCAAACCAGAGCUUGGUGAGAGGUGCCCACCUCACUGGAAGUCCCUAUUACAGCAAGCAUGACUUGAUAGCCUAGUUGACUUGAUAGCAGACUGCACAAGCCUGUAGACUGAGGUGGUCUUUGUCCAAGAGAGGGAAGACCAAGACAGCUUGGUCAAGCAGCUCAGGAGAACCUUGUGCUGCUCUUGCCUCUAUUGAACCUGGGCCCUUGGGUGUCCCAGGAGGACGAGGCUGGGUCUCCAGGCCUGUCCAGUGCUUUCCCAAACACAAUAUUUCACUCCAGUGAGAAACCAAUUCAAAUAGAAGUGGUGCAUGAUUGCAAAGUAGCCCACAGGCCUUUAGCGAGCGGGAUAAUCGUCCUUCCCUCCUUCCAAAGAUGGAUGUGACUCAGGGCGCACAUUGAGACCAGAGCUCACGGAAUAAGCCACAGAGCUCUGGUUCUUGGGUGGCACGUUGCGAGGAAGGGCACGCUGGUUGCAUGCAGGGUUCUUGCAGCUUCGGAAAAGAUGGAGCAAAGAGAGGAGGAGACGAAGAGUGGGGAGAGGUUCACGUGCUCGUUUGUUGUCUACCUUGAGCUUUUCAAGGCCUGUUUUAAGAAGAGGUUCUCCAUGGAGGUAGAGACAAGUAGAAAAUACUCAAGCGUGGCAGUGAUAGCUGUAAGGUCCGAUCUAAACAGCUGACUAUCAAAGCCUGUGAACUUCCCAAUCUUUUAAUGUCAUGAUUGCUGAAGCUAAAGCCUGUGAACUUCCCAACCUUCUAACGCUGUGAUUGCUGAAGCUAGCUGAGGUCCCGGCAGCCGCCGUGCCCACAGCCGAGCGAUGUGCCCUCCUCUCACUAGCACACAUAGCGCUGCUGCCGCUGCUCCUGCCUUGCGAACCUGCCUGGGAACGUCGCGGAUGGAGCACAGGGACACGAAUGACACCGAGGGUGCAGGCGGGUGCCUUAACCUGGCACAGAGGUGCCAGGCGGCGGUCAGGAACUGCAGCAGACGAGCGCUUUGCAUUGGAAUAACGGGGCCACUUGCCUCUUGCUCCUUCUUAGACACACUCCUUGCCGAGUCUUUCCGAGGUCCAAGGGCUCUGCCUGCUCUGGGAUCUGGUUUUGCCCCCAGACAGCACCGGCCGGGCACGGAAACCCAACGAAUGCCAAAGAGCAGCAGCUGCUGGAAAUCAAAUCCCAAGCCUCGUUGCUCAUCUCCCCAGGAUUCCCAUUUGGAUUAGGGAGAGAUCUCUCCAUGGCCAUGACCUGUCUGAUGGCGGGGGAACCAUCAGGAUGGUAGGAGCAUCCUUGCUCCUACAAGGAACCUUAUUCACCCCCUCUGCCCAGGAACGGAGGGGGCCUGGGCUGCUAGGAAGCCCCAGCACCAUCCAGGGAUGGGAAAUAUUUGGGGCAAAGAGGGAAAAGGGAAGGAAACUGAGGGUUGAAUUUCUUAACAGUAGCUAAGGAUCAGUUUAUAGUAGCAGCUGUCUUAGAUAAGCAUCUGUGUAGAGCGCGGAGUCACCGCCAGCAUCACCUCAUCCAUAUAGCGACGAUCCAUUUCAAAAAAAAAAAAAAAAAAAGUUUAAAAAAAAUUAAAAAAGUAAUUUAAACGAAAUGUUUGUGUGUAAGAAAUGGUUGAAACUGUCAAAUGUCUGUGUCCCGCGUUGGUGGGAUCUGAGAAGGUAUCUGCAAGAUAUUAACCCUGUCCUACUCUCUGUGGUGCUGAGUGUUUGCUUGGUGUGUAAUUCUGACCUGAAGCUUGUUGUAAAUACUGUUU